AUGCCUGCGCACUGCAUUGCGGCGCCGACCGCGGCGCCCUCGGCAGCUUUGUUGCUCAUUGUUCUGUCCAUCUCCAUCUCCAUCAAGCGGUGUCAAACCAGGUUUCUCAUCUGGAUUGUAACCUUAUUCUUACCGGCAUGCCUCGACCUUCUUGAUAUAGACAGCUUCAUUACGUCCAUCAGGUCAUUAGGAUAA